AUGGACGCGGGCCUCGAAGAAGAGAUUGCCUUGGAGGUUGAGUCUGUUUUGUACAUGUCCGCAGCAGCUUUGAACGCGGAGGGAUACUCACAUGAGGACAGCCGCGUAUUUCUUGCUGGAGACGCAGCAUAUGUUAUGCCACCAACAGGAGGGAUAGGCGGCAAUACUGGAAUCCAGAAGCUCGCCUACGUCUUGAAAGGCCAAGCUGGGCCGUCCUUUAUGGAGACGCACAACCAGGAGAGACAACCUGUUGUCGAUCGCAGUGUGCAGCAGGCUUAUUCACGACUAGUCAAUAAAACCUUCAAAGACAAGUCAGUCCCUCACGAGCAGGAACUUCCAGAUGAUACCUGCGAACUAGGCUACCGCUACAUUAGCGGCGCACUCAUUCAGCCGGAUGUCGAAGGCAUAUUUGAACAGUUUUGA